UCUUCAGAGUCGCUGUUAGAUUCACUGCAGGGAGGAAAGAGGCUGCUAAACAACUGCAACAAUGGUUGAUGCUUUCUGCGCUACAUGGAAACUGGUCGACAGCCAGAACUUUGAUGAAUAUAUGAAGGCAAUUGGUGUUGGUUUUGCUACAAGGCAGGUGGGCAAUGUCACCAAACCAACAGUAGUGAUCAGCCAGGAUGGGGACAAAGUGGUGGUGAAAACCCAGAGCACCUUUAAGAACACUGAGAUCUCCUCCAAACUGGGAGAGGAGUUUGAUGAGACCACGCCUGAUGACCGACAUGUCAAAUCUACUUUUACCAUGGACGGAGAUAAACUUGUGCAUGUGCAGAAGUGGGAUGGCAAGGAGACAAAAUUUGUCAGAGAGAUCAAGGACGGGAAGAUGGUGAUGACUUUGACUUAUGAGGGAGUCGAGGCGGUCCGCACAUAUGAAAAAGCCUAACUAAACCAAGGCUGAGCAAAUCAUACUGCACAAUGAAUAAUCAACAAGUUGUUCUCCUUUCUUUUGUAACAAAAAAAACAAACAUGUUUUUUUUGCAGUGAUUUGCACUGGAUUUGUUGUUUUAACAUGUGAUGAAUAUUUUGGGAUAUCUUUUGUAAGACCUUUUGUAAGAAAUUCAGAAUGUGAAGAUCCAAAAACGGUUUCAUUCUCUGUAUCAAACAUGAAAAGGGAAAAAAUAAACUACUUGACAUAA